AUGUCAAUACUUAUCGUAUUAUGGUUUUUAAUUCAAUUAUUGAAUAAUGUAAAUUGCCAAAAUGUGCUCUUUAAGCCUACGCAGCGAUAUGGUCAUAGUUCUACAUUUAUUGAUGGUAAAUUAUAUAUCUUAAGUGGUCGAGAUGAUGCUGGUGCGGCAAGAAUUGGAAAAGAAUUUUUUUUUAUUGACUUUUCCGUUCCAUUUAAUACUCAAAAUGUAUUAAGUUAUGAUUUAUCAAGCAUUAAUGUAGUUCCAUCUCAUGUUUCUGCAGCAACCGUUAAGGGUGGUGCAAAUAAUAAAACCUUGAUUUUUUAUGGAGGAAUUCCUUAUAUUAAUAAUAAAGUAGCUAUGUCUCUGGUUUAUGCAUUUGAUACUCAAACUAAUUCAUGGGCACCAAAAAUAACUAGUGAUAAUCUCAUUAGAAAAGGUAGCCUAACAGGCAUCGUUGAUGAUAAUGGGAAGGCGUAUUUGUUCGGCGGAAUUUUUGUCGAAAAAACUUCUUUUAAUGAUAUGCUUAUUUUAGAUACAAUAAAUUUGAGUUGGAAAAUAGGAAAUUCAAGUAAUGCGCCUUCUCCAAGAAAUGCUUAUGGUGCAACUUUAUUAUCAAAUCACUUAAUUAUUUAUUUAGAUUUAACAAAUUACGAAUGGUAUAUUCCAAAAAUUUCUGGAACAAUUCCAGGUACCAGAUAUUGGCAUCAAGCAAAUGUAAUUGGAAAAUAUAUGGUCAUAUCAUUUG